AUGCCCAGGGUGCAGCGCUCCCCGCCGAGUACACCGAACAAUCCAAUGGACGACAGUAAUAUGUCGGCGGGUUCUGUUAACACGAUACCGCGAAAAAAAGUCAUAGCCUCUAAGGCUGGGGAGUCUGUGAGUGAGCAAUCGUCACCUAUCUUGGCGGCGAUCGAGGGCCUUCGUAGAGAUAUGAAUGACCGUUUCAAUGCGCAGCAGGAGUGUUUCGAUCAGUUCAGAACGGCUCUAUCGCAACUUCGUACCGAUGUCACUACUAUAAAUAAUAAAUUUACCCAGUUUAAGAACGAGUUUGAUGAAAAAUCAAAUACAGUUGAUUUUCUCGCUGGCUGUCAGGAUGAACAGGUGUUAAUGAAUGCAGAAUUUCGUCAGAAAUUAAAAAAGAUGGAGAACGAAAACACUUCAUUACAGAGUACCGUGUCGGAACUCACUUCGAGAGUUGCCGAAAUGGAGCAGCACUCUAGAGACUGCAAUAUUGAAGUACAGUGUGUUCCAGAGAGUAAGAACGAGAAUUUGCUCUCUAUAUUUAGUCAACUUUUGCGCACUGUAUCUUGCGAGCUUCCCGACAUGACCAUCCGCGCUAUACACCGUGUGGCUAAACUUAAGCCCCAUUCUGAGCGUCCCCGCAACAUUGUUGUGAAGAUGGUGACACCACAGGUACGAGAUUCUGUUCUAGCGGCAGUCAUUAAAUUUAAUAAAUCAAAAAAUCUGGCCGAAGAUAAAUUAAAUGCACUCCACCUUGGCUUUGCAAACAAGCAGCAACAAAUAUAUGUGUCGGAACAUCUGACACUAUCUAACAAACAGCUGCACGCCGCUGCCAGAACCACUGCUAAGGAGAAAGGCUACCAAUACGUUUGGACCCGCAACGGUCGUAUCUUCGUGCGUAAAAAUAACGAAAGUCCAUCCAUUUUAGUUAAAAGUGUAGAUUUCUUGAAAACUUUAACUUAG